AUGGCGGUGGCGCGCGCGGCUAGUCCCACCCUCCCGCCUCCGCUCAGCCAGCCAGGCCGCGGCAAGCGAAGGGCGGGAGUCAUGGCGGAGAGUGGUCCUGUGGAGGAGGAUGCGGCGCCUUCCUCCGCUGAGGCACGCCUCGCCUGUCCGGGGCGCUGGGAGCGGUUGAGGUUGGCGGCCGGGCCCUGGGCUCGCACGCUAGCCGUGUUGGCGGCUCUCGGCCUCCUCUACUGCCUCAGGGGCCCGCUUCGGUUGCGGGAUAACUUGGUGGCAGUGACUGUCUUCUUGAGCACGUUGACUCCGAAAUUCUAUGUUGCGCUUACAGGGACUUCCUCAUUGAUAUCUGGCUUGAUAUUUAUAUUUGAAUGGUGGUAUUUCAGAAAAUAUGGCACUUCUUUCAUUGAGCAGGUAUCCGUGAGUCAUUUGCGACCACUGAUUGGAGGAGCAGAGAACAAUACUUCUCCUCAGUCAAAUUUCUCUGCCAGUGAUGGAGAAAGUGAGACAAACAGGCAAAGUUUAUCAGAGUGCAAAGUAUGGAGAAAUCCUCUCAAUCUAUUUAGAGGAGCAGAAUAUAGCAGAUACACAUGGGUGACUGGAAAGGAGCCACUCACAUAUUAUGACAUGAACUUGUCUGCUCAGGAUCAUCAGACUUUUUUCACAUGUGAAACAGACUCACUCAGGCCUUCAGAUGCAGUUAUGCAGAAGGCAUGGCGGGAGAGGAAUCCUCAGGCUCGAAUCAAAGCAGCAUAUCAAGCUUUAGAAUUAAAUAAUGAAUGUGCUACUGCAUAUGUUCUCCUGGCUGAGGAAGAAGCUACUACAAUUGUAGAUGCUGAGAAGUAUUUCAAGCAGGCCUUGAGAGCUGGAGAAAAUGUUUAUAGGAAGUCUCAGCAUUGCAGUUCCCAAAGUCCUCAACAUGAAGCUCAGCUUCGAAGAGACACCAAUGUACUGGUGUAUGUGAAAAGAAGACUAGCAAUGUGUUCAAGGAAGCUUGGAAGAAUUAAAGAAGCAGUAAAAAUGAUGAGAGAUUUAAUGAAAGAAUUUCCUGUCCUAAGUGUACUGAAUAUUCAUGAAAACCUCCUAGAGGCCCUUCUUGAACUGCAGGCAUAUGCUGAUGUCCAAGCAGUCUUAGCAAAGUAUGACGAUAUCAGCCUUCCCAAAUCAGCAGCAAUAUGUUACACAGCAGCACUGCUAAAGGCCAGAGCGGUUUCAGAUAGGUUCUCUCCAGAAACAGCCUCAAGAAGAGGACUUAGUACAGCGGAGAUUAAUGCAGUAGAAGCAAUUCACAGAGCUGUUGAAUUUAACCCUCAUGUCCCAAAGUACUUGUUAGAAAUGAAAAGCUUAAUUUUACCUCCGGAACACAUUCUGAAACGUGGUGACAGUGAAGCAGUGGCAUAUGCUUUCUUCCAUCUCCAGCACUGGAAGCGAAUAGAAGGGGCCCUUAAUCUUCUGCACUGUACAUGGGAAGGCACAUUUAGAAUGAUCCCAUAUCCAUUAGAGAAGGGCCAUCUAUUUUAUCCCUAUCCCAGCUGCACAGAGACGGCAGACAGAGAAUUAUUACCAACAUUUCAUGAUGUGUCCGUAUAUCCCCAGAAGGAGCUUCCUUUUUUCAUCCACUUUACAGCAGGGCUGUGCUCUUUCACAGCAAUGUUAGCCCUCCUCACUCACCAGUUCCCUGAACUCAUGGUCAUUUUUGCUAAAGCUUUCUUUGGAACUCUCUUGUCGCCUUUGAGCUUCAUGAUGGAGAAGAUUGAGCGCCUCAUGCCUGCUGGUCUCUGGCAUCAACUGACCCAAAUUUGAGUGGACCUCAAUGGUUGGAUCAGCCAGUGUUCUCAGGAACUCUACAAUAAGCACCCCUGCACAACAGCACUUGCAGCAAAGGGUGUGAAAGAACACAAGCUCUAUGACUUUGUUUUGUUUUACAUCCUGUUAUUGGUGCUUAAGAGUUGCUGUAUUCCUUCUUAAGCCUUAGUAUCUGUAUCAAUUAGGAACAAGCAGAUUAUAUUGUGUGUGAGGGAAGGGUAUUGUGCUAACUUGAACAUUAGCUGUACCACUUGAAGCUACUGCUUUCUGUAUAAGAGCCUUUGGAAAGCAAUAAAUUUGGCAGAUGGUGUAUGAAAGUUUCUUCAGAACAGCAGGUACAUUUAAAUCCUCAUUGGCCUAAAUUCUAAUGAGACCUUAUUUUGGUCUUCGGAAUACAGUCUUCCAUGUUAACUCAUUAUAUUUAUAUAUGUCUGCGGUGACUUUUUUUGCAGUGUUUUUUUGGUGAUUAGUUACAAUAACAUUGUGAGGUAUCUCAGCCUCAACAACAGAGAAGGAUAAUAUUUUUGAUGUGAUCCCCACAAAAACCUUAGAGCUCCAUACUUCCUGCAAGCCUUGGGGCCAUAUACUUGCAAGACAAACAUCAUGUUAUUACUUGCAAGACCACUGAUGCAGCUGAUCCAGCUCCUCCCAACUUGCUAUUUGUAAUCUGCCUUGAGUCCUAGUGAGAAAGGCGGACUAUAAGUAAUACCAAUAAAUAAAAAAAAUAAAAGAGGUUAGAUUUUCUGAUACAUUUUUUCUCAUUAC